UUUCAAAUGGUUUGAUUGCGAUUAGGAAUUUUAAUUAAUGAGAAAUCUAAUUACACAAGUACAAAGAGGGCCGCAACUACGGAAAUCUUUUUAAAGCUUAACAAUUAAAAAAAAAAUCGCAAAUUUUUUAAUUUAAAUGCUCAACCAUUUCUCUUUAUAGUCUCAUUAGUCAGUCUCCUUAUUAACAAAAAAAAAAAAAAAAACACACCGAUUCAUCAUCAGUUUCUCUCAUCUUUCUUGUUUUCUCUUCUUUUUUAUGUACAUCGCCGUCGAAGUAUCUCCGGUAAUGGAAGAGAUCACACAGAAGAGCAAGAAGACUUCCGUUGAGAUCGAUGAGUCAGCAGGGCCAGUAGUCAUUAAAGCUAAACGUAAACGCCGAUCGCAACCACGAGAAGCUCCUCCCCAACGCAGCUCCGUCCAUAGAGGCGUCACCAGGCAUCGAUGGACUGGAAGGUACGAAGCACAUUUGUGGGAUAAGAAUAGUUGGAACGAGACUCAAACCAAAAAAGGAAGACAAGUAUAUUUAGGUGCAUAUGACGAAGAAGAUGCAGCAGCACGUGCCUACGACUUAGCAGCAUUGAAAUAUUGGGGACGAGACACCAUCUUGAACUUCCCUUUGUGUAAUUAUGAAGAAGACAUCGAAGAAAUGGAAAGCCAGUCAAAGGAAGAGUACAUUGGAUCUUUGAGAAGGAAAAGUAGUGGGUUUUCACGUGGUGUGUCAAAAUAUAGAGGCGUUGCAAAGCAUCACCAUAAUGGGAGAUGGGAAGCUCGAAUUGGAAGAGUGUUUGGCAACAAAUAUCUAUAUCUUGGAACCUACGCUACACAAGAAGAAGCGGCCAUAGCGUAUGAUAUAGCAGCAAUCGAGUACCGUGGACUUAACGCCGUUACUAACUUCGAUAUCAGCCGUUAUCUGAAACUCCCGGCGCCGGAGAACCUUACCGACGCCGCGAAUCAACCCCUGGAGGAGAUCCCGCAGUCUGAUCUCAGCCCGUUUAUAAACCCAACAAACCACGAGUCGGAGUUAUCACAGAGCCAAUCUUCGUCAGAGGACAACGAUGAUCGGAAAACAAAGCUCUUAAAGUCGUCACCUUUGAAUGCAGAAGAGGUGAUCGGACCAUCGACGCCUCCGGAGAUUGUUCCGCCUCGCCGGAGCUUCCCGGAAGAUAUACAGACGUAUUUCGGGUGUCAAAACUCCGGCAAGUUAACGACGGAGGAAGAUGACGUGAUCUUCGGUGGUUUAGAUUCGUUCCUUACGCCUGAUUUCUACAGUGAGUUAGAUGGUUGCUAAAAAGAAGUGUUCUUUUGAUAAGACUCUAAGAAAGAAAGGAUUUGAUAAGUUUUGUUUUUUUAGUUUUUUUUGGAAUCUCGGUUGUGAAAAUCAACAUUGACACAUCGAUUAUUCAUUCUUGUGACAAUUCUAUAUAAUAAAAGUUUGAAUCUUUUUUAACA